UUCAUUUCAUGCACUUCCUUCAAUCUUCUCACUCUCAAACUAACAUUCUCUUCCAAUGGACAGAAACCAAUCCCGCAGGCAGAUUGCUGCAAUGAAACAGUCCCUCUUUGAUCAGGGGUUACUGGAUGAACAGUUUAUCCAACUGGAGGAAUUGCAGGAUGAUGCAAAUCCCAACUUCGUUGAGGAAAUUGUCACUCUUCACUACCGUGAUUCAUCACGGCUAAUCUCAAGCAUAGACCAAGCUCUAAAAGAGAGGAACCCUCUGGAUUUUAACAAGCUGGACACUCUUAUGCAUCAGUUCAAAGGAAGCAGCUCAAGCAUAGGAGCCAAAAAGGUGAAAGCAGAGUGCAAUCUGUUUAGGGAAUAUUGCAGAGCAGGAAAUGCAGAAGGAUGCAUGAGGAGCUUCCAACAGUUGAAGAAAGAAUACGCUGCACUUAGAAAGAAACUUGAAGCUUAUUUUCAGUUGGCAAGGCAAGCUGGACCCCAGGAAACAGCAUGUCGCUCCAAAUAAAGAGAGCUGAUGAGAGCUGCAAAAUAAGGCAAAUGUAAUUGGUGAAUUUUGUAGCAUAGAAGAAUAUAUAUUCACCACAGAGAACUGAUGUUCUCCCUUUUGAGAUAUUUUGUUUCAAAAUAUCAUUUUUUUUUUUCAGAUGUUACAGGAAUAUUACUAAUGUACUUUAUACUAACUAUUUAUAUCAUAUAUACAUGUAAUGUAACUCUGUUCAAUAACAUGU